AUGGCGUCAUCAUCGUUAACACUGAGUAAAGACCUGGCCUUUUUGAUCAUGCAAUUCCUUGACGAGGAAAAGUGGAAAGAAACGCUUCAUAAGCUUCAGCAAGAAUCAGGAUACCACUUCGACUUGAAGUAUUUCGAGGAAUUAUUACUGGAAGGAAAUUGGAUUGAAGUCGAGAAGUAUCUUUCCGGUUUCACUAAACUGGAUGACAACCGCUAUUCCAUGAAGAUAUUCUUCGAAAUUCGUAAGCAGAAGUAUUUAGAGGCCCUAGACAGACAAGAUAGAGCUGCCGCAGUAGAUAUCCUAGUGAAGGAUUUGAAAGUCUUUGCGGGGUUUAAUGAUGAGUUGUACAAGGAAAUCACUCAGCUGCUCACCUUGAACAAUUUUAGAGACAAUGCUCAGCUCUCUGCUUAUGCAGAUGUAAGGACUGCAAGAGCAAUUAUGGCCCAAGAACUUAAGAAGCUUGUUGAGGCCAACCCUCUUUUCUGUGACAAAUUAACGUUUCCCAAUUUGAGAAGUUCAAGGCUACGGGCGCUCAUUAACCAAAGCUUAAAUUGGCAGCAUUGCCUUUGUCUAAAUCCUAAACAAAAUCCGGAAAUAAAAACCUUAUUUGUGGAUCACACUUGUCAUAGCAGACAUUCCAACGAUCCAUUUGCUCACAUAGCAGCAAAUGGUCAGGCUCCGCAGAGAGGUGCAGUACAGAGAGCUGAUGGCUUCAAUUCUGUCGGUGUCAAUGGGUCCUUUCAGCCCUCCACUGCACCUAUACCAAUUCAAUCUCCUUUGUCAACAUGGACGCCUAUCCCGCCCAGUGUGAAUCAGUUAGCGGCUUCAGCAGGAGGUAUUGGUUUUGGAAUUCAAGCAAAUCCAGCUUCAUUUUCGACUGGUCCAGCAAAUCCUGAAGAUUUAUUCAGAACGCGGUUCCCUGGGGUUUCAGACAGGGUUACAACGCCAGGGAUUAAUCCAGGCCAUGUUCUAAGUCCAACAUUCAAUGCAGUAGAUGACUUCCCCAAGGCUGUAGCUCGGAUACUGAAUCAGGGCUCAGUUGCAACUAGUGUAGACUUUCAUCCUCUCCAACAAACUAUACUUCUUGUUGGAACUAAUGUGGGGGAUAUAAGUAUCUGGGAAGUCAGUUCUAGAGAGAAGUUGGUAUCAAGAAGCUUUCAGCCAUGGGAUAUGGGGGCAAGUUCAAUGGCAUUAAAGGCAACUUUAGUCAAGGAUCCAAGUGUCUCAGUUAAGCGUGUACUAUGGAGCCCUGAUGGUUCUCUAUUUGGAGUUGCAUACUCUAAACACAUGAUGCAGUUAUAUGGAUAUCUUGGUGGCGAUGAUGUUCAUCAACAUAAAGAGAUCGAAGCUCAUGUUGGUAGUGUAAAUGAUCUGGCGUUCUGCAACCUAAGAAAGCAACUCUGUGUCAUAACCUGCGGUGAUGACAAGGCCAUCAAGGUCUGGGAUGCGGUUACUGGAUCAAAGUUGUAUACUUUUGAAGGUCAUGAGGCUCCUGUUCAUUCUUUUGUCUUUUCGACAUCAGUAGAUGGACAAAUAAAAGCAUGGUUAUACGAAGUAGAUGGGCCAAGGGUUAAUUACGAUGCUCCCAGCCUCUCAUGCACAACAAUGGUUUAUAGUGCAGAUGGUAAAAGGCUGUUUUCAUGUGGGACAAGCAAAGAUGGAGAAUCUCAUGUUGUUGAAUGGAAUGAAAAUGAAGGCACAAUAAAGAGGAAUUACCAAGGAUUUCAAAAACAGUCUUUUGGUAUUGUUCAAUUUGACACAACCAGAAAUAAGUAUUUGGCAGUUGGUGACAACCAUGCAAUAAAAGUUUGGGAUAUGGAUAAUGUCAAUCUCUUGUUUACUGUUGAUUGUGAAGGAGGUUUACCAGCAACCCCUCAUAUCCGCUUCAACAAGGAAGGAUCUUUGAUGGCGGUGUCUACAAAUGACAACAGAAUCAAAGUUUUGGCUACAACAGAUGGUGUUCAGUUGAUGCGCAAUUAUGAAAGUCUCUCGCUUAUUGCCUCAAGAAAUGCACCAGAAAAGAAUGGUAGUACCAGAAACAUGGGGGAUAAUAAGAAAGCAAGGUUAAGUGAAGAGCUCAACACAAAAAAGAUCUGGAAGCUCACUGAGAUUAGUGAAUCUGCUCAGCUUCGAUCUUUAAGGCUAUCAACGACAACUGUUAAAACAGACAAGAUCUCAAGGUUGGUGUACACUAAUUCAGGUAAUGCCAUUCUGGCAUUAGCAUCAAAUGGAACCCAUCUACUGUGGAGGUGGCGACGAGUUGACGGUAACACGAGUGGCAAGGCAACAACCAAGGUUACCCCACAUUCCAUGGAACCAGCUUCAGGCAUCCUGAUGGUCAAUGAUCUUACUGGUGCUAAACCAGAACAUGCAAUACCUUGUUGCGCUUUGUCCAAGAAUGAUUCGUAUGUCAUGUCAGCCUCCGGAGGCAAGAUAUCGUUGUUCAACCUAAUGACAUUCAAGACAAUGACAAGUUUCAUGUCGCCGCCACCUGUGGUAACAUGCCUUGCUUUCCACCCUGAAGACAAUAAUAUAGUUGCUGUUGGUUUUGAUGAUUCGACUAUUCACAUAUACAAUGUCCGCAUUGACGAGGUUAGGAUAAAGCUCAAGGGUCACUCUAAGACAGUCACAGGCCUCGCAUUCUCUCAACUUUUGAAGACACUUAUUUCUUCUGGAGCAGAUUGUCAGAUAGUUGUGUGGAGCUCUGAUAAGUGGGAAAGGCAGAAGAACAGUUCCUUGCAUAUUCCAGCUUGGACAACACCUACAGCACUGUUUGGAACUCAUCUUCAGUAUCAGAAGGAUCAGAAUCACUUUCUCGUUGUACACGAGACUCAACUUGCUAUAUACGAAACCUUGAGGCUUGAAUGCCAGAAGAAGUGGGUAGUAGGAGAAUCUUCAGCACCAAUCUCCUAUGCAACACUCUCUUGUGAUAGCCAGAUAGUCUACGCGAGCUUUCUGGAUGGAACGUUGCGUGUGUUUGCAGCAUCAAAUCUUCAAAUGCAAUGCCAGAUUAACCCCUAUGCUUAUCUUCCACCUAAUGUCAGCUCUGCAAUAUACCCCUCAGUAGUAGCUGCGAAUCCACAAGAGCCGAACCAGUUUGCAGUGGGACUAACAGAUGGUGCAGUUGUCAUGUUUGAACCACUCGAGUCUGGAGACAAAUGGGGUGUGCCUCCACCGGCAAACAUUGGCUACUUCCAUGCUUCAACUUCUGCCAGUGGUUCCAGUUUGGAACAACACCAUAGCUGA